AUGGCAGAGUCUUGGGAUCCAUCCACUCGGGCAACUGUGCAGAAGAUCCCCCUGCUCACAGUCAAAGCCGGGCCACGCGAUAAGGAUGCAUGGCAAGCCCGACUCAAGGAGGAGAUUCAAGCCCUCAUCAAGUACAUCGAGAUCAACAAACGAGGUGACCUGGACUGGUUCACCAUCAAGCCCACGAACAAGGAGGGCACCCACUGGCAGGGAAAGUGCUGGUACAUCCACGAGCUGGUCAAGUAUGAGUUCAACUUCCAGUUUGACAUCCCAGCCACCUAUCCGACGACCGCGCCUGAGAUAGAGCUCCCAGAACUUGACGGCAAAACAGCAAAGAUGUACCGAGGGGGGAAGAUCUGCCUCACCAUCCACUUCAAGCCCUUAUGGGCCAAGAACAGUCCUCAUUUCGGCGUUGCACAUGCUCUGUGCCUGGGUCUGGCGCCUUGGCUUGCGGCCGAGGUACCAUACCUGGUGGAAAGUGGAGUCGUCAAAGCAAACAACUGA